CUCGCCGACCCUGAGUCCUGAGAACAACCUGAGAGCGCGGCCAGAGUGAGCCGCCGAGCCUCGUCCACACAGCAGCGCAAAAAACUCGCGGCGGCUUUUUGUUCGAGUCUUCCCAGGACCGUCUCUUCCCAGCCCCGCCACGAUGGGAGUGGAGCGGCCGGGCGGCGGUUCGGACACGUCGGACACGGACGAGAAAGGCGCCCCGGACGGCUUCCCCAGCAGCACCAAACGCAAGCAGCGCCGCUACAGGACCACCUUCACCAGCUUCCAACUCGAGGAACUCGAGAAGGCCUUCGCCCGCACCCACUACCCUGACGUCUUCACCAGAGAGGAGUUGGCGAUGAAGAUCGGUCUGACCGAGGCCCGCAUCCAGGUUUGGUUCCAGAAUCGCAGAGCCAAGUGGCGAAAACAGGAGAAGGUCGGUCCACAGGCGCACCCCUACAACCCCUACCCACCCUCGGGGUCGCCUGGUCUGUUGCCAGCCUCCAUGCCAACCCCUGGCUCUGCCGCCUCCGCAGCCGCAGCCACCCCAGUGGCGGGUUCGUCGAUGCCUGCGGCGCCGUUUCCCCCUCCGGGCCUCCUCCUGCCGCCCUUGAUGAGGAAACCCUUUGUACAGGAUGCGUCGCCGCCUUUUCUUCCUACAGGUCUUUUGUUCGCAGGCGGUCACCAUCACCGGUUCCUGUCGUCGGCGCUGGCCGCUGCCCUGCUGCCGGUCUACCUGCCGCACCACCCGUUCCCGCGGGGGCCGAUGCUGCCCCCGAUGGUGCCGACGAGCAGCGCGAGUCGCGAGACGCCCCCGCCAGACGAGGAGUUGGACCGGCGUUCAUCCAGCAUCGCGGCGCUGCGGCUCAAGGCGCGCGAACACGAGCUCAAACUGCGCGACCUCGACCUCAGCAGCUAACCAAAGUGUACAUUACUUAUUACGAUCUAAAUAUUAUUAUAUAUUUAAUUUUCCACACGUGGAUUUGCUGAACAAAUUUAUACACUCGCAUCAAUUGAUGAAAUAAUAAAAAUCUGAUUGAAAGUACGGAG